CACUGCCUCCCGUCACCAGUACAUCUCUGACCUCCGCUUGGCUAACAUCUGCAACGCUCCACCACACACACAGUGGACACUACCUGAGGCGCUGAAUCACUAACCUUUACUGUGCGGUGGUGACUGGAGGCCGCGUGCUCCUUGAUUCACUGAUACACGUUUGAGUCAAAUAAUCGUCUUGCAACGCUUGAAUUUCUCGUGCGAGGGUCUCGAUUUGUAGUAGUGUGUGAGGUUAACGACCAGUGCCCGGGAACAGUGGCUCCCGUGCCGUCACCAAGCUGCCGGCAUGGCCACGGCAGUCACUAAGGAUGGCUCGGUGGUGUACCUUCCCCAGGAGGACAAAUGUGGGAGAAAGGGACGCUCCUACAGCCUCUUCUCGCCCAGUAAUUCAUUCAGUCUCCUCAAGCCAAAUGGCCAGCAACACGCUGCUGCGCGGGCCGCGACGUGUGGUGCGGCUGUGUGUGUUCGCGCUGCUGCUGCCCGCCGGUCUCAUCACCGUUGCCUCUUUAUGUCCGCCUGGUGCUCUUCCCCCCCAGCCCACUACCCCAUGAUGCCCACAGACCAGCGCCUCCUUGCCCGCCACGCCUCCUCCUUCUGGUGCCAGGCCCAGUGGACGCACAUGAACGGCUCCUACAAUGCCUACGUUAGCAGCGAGACGCCGCCCGCCUCCCUCACCCGCUCCACCCACCACAUGCUGUACUCCACCACGCUGGAGGACGACGUCAAGGAGUACUGGGGCUUUCACCUCCUCAAAGGCUCCACGGUCACCAUCUCCACCUGCGCCAGCACGGAUGGCGCGCAACUGAUGAUCCUGCGAGGCGUGAACAACCUUCACCGCUGCGCCUGGAUAGGUGAGGAGGACUCCGCCGAGGAAAGGGAGGCGCCGGUGGGACAGACGGACCAUGUCGUGAAGGACGCCACGGAGACUUCUCCUUUUUUCGAUAAGGCGAUAAGUGGUGAGGAGCCGCUACUGCCGGAGGAAGCCAGGAGAAGAUCUAACGAAGUGAACCUUCAGGGUGAUGACCCUGACGCGGGCAUACCUGAGGCGCCCACCUCGGAGGAGCGACAGGGCGAGCUGGAGCAUCUGCUGCGGAAGGCCAUCAGGAUGAGCAAAAACAAAAAGGAGAUCCUGCGGCUGCUGCACAUGCUGCAUCGCUCUGAUGACCACCCGCUGCCGCGACACCUGCAGCGCAGGCUGGGUAUCAUCUCAGAGGACGACGAGGACACCCUGAAGCCCCAAAACUCACGUGACACUCCAGACAGGAGUUACGAGAAGAUGCCGCCUCCGAGGAGACUGCGACGAGAGACAAAGGAACUUUCAACCGCCGUCGACUUUGACGGAGCUUUGGAAGUCUUCGACGAAGAGAACGGCGAGGCGGACAGGAAGACACACACGGCGGGAACGAGCCAGAACCCCGCGGAGAGCAUAAUCGGGGGCCAGGUGUUCUUCCCCGAGGGCUUGAGGGUGGAGCGGGGAAAGUUUAACCAGACCAACAAGAACGACGGGUCCAACGAGGAGCACGUGUCCUCCUACUCCAGUAGUGAGGAGGCGCUGGCCAGCUGUGAGGGCGUCAUCAUGACGCUGCCCCUUGCGGCAUACCGCGCCUGCAGCUUCCGCUGGACCAACCAAAACAAAGUGGUAUACGACAUCCCCAUCACUGGCACCUACUACUUCGUGUUCUCCAGCGACAACGAGAUCGCUUCCAACAACCUGUUCUUCAACCUGACACUGCAGCGCGUCACCUACGACACCAAGUCUGCGGUGCGGCUGUGCACCAACGCCACCGAGUGUUCCCUGCCGCUUUCCUUCUGGUCUGACGACCAGACUCUGGUGGAGGUGCCCGAGGAGAAGUCUUGGAGCAACACCUACGUGCUGGACACCGUGUGCCGCCCCCGCGUGCCGCUUUUCCUCGCCUUCAUCCUGGCGGCGCCGCUCCUCAUCCUACUUUGUGCCUUCCACUAGCACAGGCCUUCUCCCCUUCCCCCCACCUCCUCCUCCUCCUCCUCCUCCUCCUCCUCCUCCUGUACCUUUACUCUUCAUGGUGGUUAAAGUGCGCGAGCAGGCACGCGCGCGCUCGCACACAAACAUACACACACACACACACACACACACACACACACACACACACACACACACACACACACACACACACACACACACACACAUUAUAAAGGAACCAGAACAAAUACAACGAACAAGCUACAAUUUCAUACUUCAUAACGUUACGAGAUUCCCGGUGCAUUACGGAUUUACGAGUAUGUAUACUUUUCAACGCCAUACAGCCACGUGUCAUCGUCGCCCUCACCUUCAUCCUCAUCCUCGCCCUCACCAACACUAGGAGCCACACUCUUCAAAUUUUAUCUCCCUCUCAUUACUCCACUACGCAUUACACUUAAACUAUGCCUUCCCUCCCUCUUUCUCUCCCUCUCUCCCGCAUCCCUCCUUUACCCCUUUCCUCCCUCCUCCUAGUUAUCAAUGACCUUGCAAUAUUUUUUUCCCUCACGUGAUAAAGAGCUUCUCCUCUCCCUCUCUCCCUCCCGCUCAUCCACAGGCAUUCUUCUUCCCUUCUCCCUCACACCCCUUCAUUCUCUCAUUCCCUCGCUCAUUCACAUUCACUUGUUAUCUCUGUAUAUAUGAAGAAAUGAAUAAAUGUGCAUCGUGUUC